CUCGCGAGCGGAAGGCGGUCCGGGACAUGACGGAGCUGAAGGAGCACCAGCUCAGCGAGAUGCAGGCGGCCCACUCGCGCGUCCUGGAGGCGAAGAGGGAGGAGGCGACGAAGCAGCUGCGCGAGGUGAAGAUCGAGGUGCGGGAGGCGAAGCUGGAGGCGGGGAGGCAGAUCCGCGAGGCCGAGAUGAAGGCGCGGGACUCGAUCCACGAAGCCCAAGCGGAGGCGGCGAGGCAGAUGGACGAGGUGGCUGAGGAGAAGCGGGCGACGGAGGCGGAGCGGGAGUCGGUGCGGGUGCAGCUCUCUCGCGAACAGCGCGAGAUGCGGGCGGCGGUGGAGGCGGAGCUGCGCAAGCACGAGAUGGAGAACGCGAAGCUGCACGAGGAGCUGGGCAGAGCACACGUCGUCUGCCGCGCCGCCGUCCAGUUCGCGCAGGUGGUCGAGACGUUUCGCACCAACUCGCCCGCCUCUGCCUUCCCGCUCGCCGGAGCCCUCGAGCGCUGUGUAGCGGCGCAGCCAAGCCUGUGA